AAAAUAAUGUCCCGGGCCACCCGUUUAACACAAUAAUGGAUUAUGGAAAGCCUAAAGCCCGCCAUUUCUCCAUCGUCUUGGUUGGGGUCUCAUCUGAGGUCUGAUCAUAACGUCGUUCCUCUCUGUCCCAAUCGCUCUAUCGCUCUGUCCCUGUUUUGCCGAACGGUCGCACCUCGCCACUCGCCAUUCCUCUGUGCCCUAAUUUCGCCAGUCAGCAGCCCAGCAGGAGUCCUCAGUGAGUCAGUGUCUCACAAUCUCAGCCUCUCAGAAUUUCCCAGUAAGUUGGACUGGUGUCAGUCAUAUACUUGUACAACAAUGGCGGACAGUAAGUACAAUGUUGAAGCUGCAGAAAUUGUCGCCAACGAGGCAAUGCGUUUGCCAAUUGCUGAGGCAGUGCCUAUAUAUGAGCAACUGAUGUCUACUUUUCCUACUGCUGCGAAAUAUUGGAAACAGUAUGUCGAGGCACAUAUGGCUGUAAAUAAUGAUGAUGCCACAAAGCAAAUUUUUAGUCGUUGUUUAUUAAACUGUCUGCAAAUUCCUCUUUGGCGCUGUUAUAUUCGUUUUAUCAGAAAGGUAAAUGAUAAGAGGGGAGCUGAGGGUCAGGAAGAGACUAGGAAAGCUUAUGAGUUCAUGCUUAACUAUGUCGGAGUAGACAUUGCCUCAGGCCCUGUUUGGAUGGAGUACAUUGCAUUCUUAAAGUCCUUGCCUGCUCUAACUGCACAAGAUGAAUCUCAAAGAAUGACUGCAGUAAGGAAAGCAUACCAAAGAGCUAUUGUUACGCCAACCCAUCAUGUUGAACAACUUUGGAGGGACUACGAGAAUUUUGAAAAUUCAAUUAGCCGAGCUCUGGCAAAAGGUCUUAUAUCUGAGUAUCAGCCGAAAUAUAAUAGUGCAAAGGCAGUUUACAGAGAGAUGAAAAAGUAUAUUGAUGAAAUUGACUGGAAUAUGCUUGCUGUGCCACCUUCUGGUUCUUCCAAGGAAGAAAUGCAGUGGAUGGCAUGGAAAAGGUUCCUAGCCUUUGAAAAAGGAAAUCCUCAAAGGAUAGAUACUGCUUCUGCUAAUAAAAGAAUUGUCUUCGCAUACGAGCAGUGCCUCAUGUACUUGUAUCAUUAUCCUGACAUAUGGUAUGACUAUGCUACCUGGCAUGCAAAGUCUGGUUCAGUAGACUCUGCAAUAAAAGUUUACCAGCGAUCUUUAAAGGCUUUACCUGAUUCAGAGAUGCUGAGAUAUGCUUAUGCUGAACUUGAAGAAUCUCGUGGAGCCAUUCAGGCUGCAAAGAAGGUGUACGAAAGUCUUAUGGGAGAUGGAAGUAACGCCACAGCACUAUCACUUAUCCAGUUUAUUCGGUUCUUAAGGAGGACAGAAGGAGUUGAAGCAGCUCGCAAGUACUUUCUUGAUGCACGCAAAUCACCAAAUUGCACUUAUCAUGUUUAUGUAGCUCAGGCAAUGAUGGAAUUCUGUCUUAAUAAGGAUGCUAAGGUGGCACGUAAUGUGUUUGAAGCAGGGUUGAAAAACUUUAUGCAUGAACCUGAAUACAUUCUUGAGUAUGCAGAUUUCCUUUCUCGUUUGAAUGAUGAUAUUAAUAUUAGGGCCUUGUUUGAACGGGCAUUGAGCUCUCUUCCACCUGAGGAAUCUCUUGAGGUUUGGAAAAGAUUCUCUCAAUUUGAGCAGACUUAUGGUGAUCUUGCCAGCAUGUUGAAGGUAGAGCAAAGAAGAAAAGAAGCCCUUUCUAGGACAGGUGAUGAUGAAGCAUCAAUAUUAGAGAGUUCACUGCAAGAUAUUGUAUCGCGCUAUAGUUUUAAGGAUCUGUGGCCUUGCUCUUCCACGGCACUGGAUUAUCUUUCACGGCAAGAGUUGCUUGUAACGAGCAUGAAUAAGAAGAUUGAGAAAUCCACAGCUGGUGUUGAGACAGAUGGGAGUAUGCCAGGAGUUUCAUCCAAUACAAACUCUGCCAAGUUUGUGUAUCCAGAUACUUCUAAAUUGGCUAUUUAUAAUCCAAAGCAAACGCCAGGCACCUUGCCUUAUUCUGGCAUUCAAUUAAACAGUAACGGGCAACCACCAAAUCCGCUGGGUGAUGUUCUGAAAUCAUUGCCACCUGCAUUGGCAGCGUUCAUCUCAAAUUUGCCAGCUGUUGAGGGACCAUCUCCAGAUGCUGAUUUUGUGAUAUCUGUGUGUCUGCAAAGCAACAUUCCUUCAGUUACAGGCAAACCAGGGGCUGUGUCUCAUCCAGCACAGUCAGGAUCCGUUCCAUCUACGAGCGAUCGCUCGGAUUCAAGCAAAUUCAAAACAAGAGACAGAUUAGCUGGAAAGAGGAAAAAUAUGGACAGGCAAGAUGAUGAUGACACGACGACUGUGCAGAGCCAGCCUCUACCUAGAGAUCUUUUCAAGAUUCGACAACUACAUAAGUCUCGGGUUUCCAGUUCACACACAGGAUCGGUAUCAUAUGGGAGUGCAAUUUCUGGAGAGCUCUCUGGCAGGAGUGGCAGCACCAGUUGAUAGCAAUUAGCAAGUGAUACGAAAGCGCCGCUUUCUCUGUAGUGUUGUCACACAGCUGCCCGCCACACAAAGAAAAGAAAGUGAAAGCAUAUUUCAAAGCCUGUAGUAAGCUGAAUGUAGACCGGUCCGGACUAAGAAUCAUUUCAUCGAUCGCCUACCUGUGGCCAGGGACAGGUCGACGAAGGCGAGGGAGAGCGCUCAGAGACCGGGCCACCAAAGGUCGGAUGGAUCGGAGUCGGUAGUUGGGCACUGGAUCCCUUCGGGUCGUCUCAAUGGGUUCAGAAACCACACGUUUCUCUGGAUCAUCAUAGCUUACUUCCAUCUUCCACUGUACAUUAGGGACAUGUAAAAUAUUUUCAUGUAUUAUUACUUAGGCUCCCUUUGUAUCAUUACCAUUUACUUUUCUUUGUGUGUUAUAUUCUGUUGCCUCAUAUUCUGGGUUCUGAGGCAGUAGGAAAAGCUCUUUUCAGAACUAAUUCUGUAACAAUCUUUACCCUUUGUCUCUGCUUAAUUAAGAAUAUUCUUUACAGAUUUUAUUGUCCAAUCUUUUAUUUAUGAGAAAGAUUGGAGUUACUACC